AUAAUAAACAAAAAAAAAUGUGAUUUUAAUUUUAAUUUCUCUAAUAAAGCGGGUGCAAUUAGAACUAAAAAAUAUUAACAUGGAGCAAGUAUUUCAAGAACCCGUUCAACUGUCUAAAGGAAUAAAUCUGAGAGAGCUCACAUCAGAAAUGGAGUUUCAGAUUGAUGUGGACUUUCAAAACAGAAAAACGGAGAUGUUCAUCAACGGUGAUGACGAUUUGUUUCCUGAAAUGGGUGACGAGGAUGACAGUGAUGGAGAGGAUACACUCAGAAAUAUUGAGGAGACAACUAAAAAGAUGAUGCUGGCCUCACCAGAUUACUUGUCUUUUGAGGAGUUGGGCGCCAAUAUGAUAGACUGCAUGAGCACUGGUGAUGUGAAAAUGCUCAUCAUAGAAGAAGGUAAAGGACCUCUGGUGCCCGUUGAUUCAGAAGUGACGAUACAUUACGCGGCUUACUGGGAGAAAGCUGUGAUACCGUUUGAUUCUACUUUAACCAUGAAUAUGGGCGCACCAAAGCGACUGCGUUUAGGGACAGGGAAAAUAAUACCCGGUCUGGAGAUAGGUUUGACUAUGGUCAAAGGGCCACAGGCGCGUCUCAACUUGCUGGUGCAACCGGCGGCCGCGUGGGGCCCGCGCGGGGUCCCGCCCAGGAUCAGACCGGAGCCCGCGCUCUUCGUCAUCGUCUUGUAUGACGUCAAAGACAACUACGCGGCCACCAGAUUUAACGAUCUACCAAUGGCGGAGCAGACUAAAUACGAGGUCACAUUGCGUACCGUCAACGCCUUACGCGCUGACGCCAAAGAGCUAUACAAGAAAAAGAAAUAUGCGAAGGCCAUUAAGAAUUAUCAGCAGGCCAUCUCGGUUUUGUGUCUAUCGCGUCCUGGCACGGCCGACGAGGAGGUAGACAUAAAAAACAAUAAAGUUAACGCUUACCUAAAUUUGGCGGUCUGCUAUUACAAGAUGAACAAGCCUAAACACGUUCUGAACAUGUGCGAAUGCUUGGACAGACUUAUUGACACCGAAAAGCACUGCAAAGCGCUUUACUACUAUGGGAAAGCUCACGAAAUGCUCGGCAAAACGGAAAUGGCGAUUAAAUAUUACAAGAAAGCUUUAAAAUUGGAGCCGAAAAAUAAAGAGAUUGGCAAGAUAUUGGCGGAUUUAGAUACGAAGACGAAGGAUUUUGCGGUCAACGAGAAGGCUAUGUGGCUGAAGGCGUUUAACUCCGAGGUCCCCGCGACGAACGCGGUCUAUGACGUUGACGCGACUUUCCAAAGUGACGUGUUGGACAUGUGUCAAAGUUUGGCGGGAAGGUCGGAGUUUGCGAAAUUCGAUCUGCCCGUCGGGCUGACGAAAAACGAGGUGGAUUGCAUCAAGGGUAUUGUGAGCGAUUUCGGGUGCCUCUCAGUGGACGUCAGCGGUGAAGGUAGAAAUAAAAAAGUUUGUAUCGUUAAGAAGAUCGUCUGAGCUUUUACCUUAGGAUACCUCAGCUGUGAGGGUAGAAAUAAAAAUGUUUGUAUCGUUAAGAAGAUCGUCUGAGCUUUUACCUAAAGUUACCUAAAGUGAUAACGUUCGCGAUUAAUUAAGUAAUGAUAAAAAUCAUAGUGAGCUUUUUUUUUUAAAUAGGAAACCAUAUCGAGGGUUGAAAGGUUAUUUGGUUAAAGCGACAUUUAUCUUUGUAAUUAAAGGUCCGUUUUAUUCGGUAUCAGCAUCGACGGUUCGUUGUUGUUAAUUGAACUUUGAGUUUAUUCAUUGAAAUAGCUGAACAAGUUUUUAUGUUUUGUUAUGAUAUUUUUUCCAAAUUUUAAACUUAUAUGACUCUCCUGUUAAGUUGAAAAAAUGUCGCUUACAAACAGUCUUUCACCCCUCGAUAUAUUUAUCUCGUGCUGAGGUGUGGAAAUAUGAUUUACCUGCCAAAGCCCUACCUAUAGAUAAUAUUAUAUGCUUGCAGAACUAAAAAGUUCGGUAGCUAUAAAUGCAUUUAUUAGUUUUUUUAGGCGUUUAUGUUUCCCAGUCAAUUAUGGACGGGGUGGGGGGUGAUUUAUUCGACCGUCAAGUGUUUUUUUUUUUAAUACAAAUUUUUUUUAUAGUGGAGUCUUCGGUCAAUGAUAAAAUCGGUGAGUUCGAACGUCUUCAGAUCCAUGUGAGUCGCAAGGUCUUUCCAAUUGUUACGCGCUGGGGCUCGAGAUAAAUAAAAAAAUCUACCAAAGUACAACUUAACACUGUAUUAGCACUUAAGAAUUUAAAAUUCUCAGUUCGCUUCUUCCACUUCGCUUCAGGUGAUCCGUUCGCUGUUUCGCUUCGAGUAGUUCCGAUUACUGACUGACUGCGUGCCACCUCUGCAACGCUUAUAGACGAUACCACAUCCCUAGAAUUAUCGAGAAUAUUCCACAUAAUUCGAGUAUGUGUGGUUCCGCUAUUUGAUAAUAGAUGGCGUUGUACGCCUUGAGUUUUCUAGAUGCUACUAGAUCCUUCGAUAUUCAUUCGAGUAUUCGGCGAUAUAUGGCGUUACUCUUACCGGCGUAACACAAUGUUUAAGUCUGGCUUGAAUUUGGAUCGAUAUUUUUUUCUAAAGUAUGAGGGUACACAGGUAAGAGCGUAUUUAAUACAGCAUGUAUGUAUGGGUCUUUUAAUAUUUAUAUAGUUUUAAAAAAUAUAUGUAUUAUUAAUAAACAUGAAAAACGGCCCUAGGUAAUAAAUAAUAAAUGUAAUAAAUCGGCACACAACCAGCAAGAAAUCUAGAGUUAAUAUCUCGAUAUUAACUCUAGAUUUCUUGCUGGGUGAAAGGCUAUUUGGUUUAAGCGACAUUUCGCUUUAUACGCGACAUGUUUGUAAUUAUAGGUCCGUUUUAUUUGGUAUCAGCAUCAGUGGAUGUUUUUAUUUGAACUUCAAUUAAGUAUUCCAUUAAAAUAGUUGAAAAAGUUUUUUGUUAAGAUAUUUUUUUAUAAACUUUGUGCUAGAGUGUUAAAAAGCCACCAUUAUUAUGUGUAUAUACAUUAAGUAACUAUAUAACAUUAGAUUAACAAUAAAACAAUUCUGACAACUUCGCUCGUCGCAUUCCCGCCAAAACGUCAACGGAACAUUUUUGCAGACAAUCUAAAAAAGAAAACUAUGCACGAUAGUUCUAGUUUGGUCAUGACAAUUUAUAAAAUUGUCACUUUUAAAAAUAUAAUAUUUUAAAGGGCAAACUUUGUCUCAAUCGUCAUGCGUGAGACGUUGCGUUGCGUAGACGUCUAUUUAGCUCCGUUGAGCACUUUUUGAUUGGAGAAAAUCUUAUGGUUUCGCGUCACCCACAGCGUACCUGUAGCUAUACAGGGUGAGUAAUAGCAGUGUACCUGUAGCUAUACAGGCGACGUAUUGUACAUCAUUAGCCCUGUGCAUACCUUCACAAGAGAAAGUUGGGUAUACGGGCCGCGUGAGUGAACACUGCACUUGCAUAGAUCAUGAUUGCAUAUUAAUUGUCAUUUCAAUAGUAUUUAUAUAAUAACAGAAUUGAAUUGUAUUUAGAUUUUGUACAGCCCGUAAUUGAAUAACAAUUGAAUAAUAAAUAAACCAUAAAAACAUGUUUAAGAUUGUUGCUCGGAGUGCCAAUAAUGUGAAAACCAGAUUGAUGUUGAUAAUUUUAAUUUAAACAUUAUCAAUUAUAGUUUUUCAUUUCUAUCGGUAGUCUCUAUGACGGCCAAUUUUUUUUAAAGUAAUUUCAUCAUUGCCAAGAAAGUGCCAGUAACGUAAGAAUAAAUGAAAAAAAAACAUUCAUUAUUAGCAUAUAAGCAAUAGAAGGAAGCUGUCUUUUAAGUAGUUGAAGUGAUAUUACCAAGAGUGACGAAAGCGAUUUUUUUUUUCAAAUAUUUUCGUACUUUAAAAUAUUUUAAUAAAGUG